AAGUGAUGAUCUAAGUGAUGUGAACUUUAAAAGAUUAAAUUUUCAGGAAAUAUACACGAUCAUGAGUGCGAUAGACUUUAAAAAUCAAGGGAACAAGUAUUACGCUUCUAGAAAUUACGAGGCUGCUGUCAACUGCUACUCGAAAGCGAUUAUAAAAAGUCCAAACACUCCAACGUUUUUCACAAAUAGAGCUUUGUGUUAUUUAAAACUGAAAAACUGGGACCAGACAGUUCAGGACUGUAGACGAGCCUUAGAUCUGGAUAGAACCAUUGUAAAGGGACAUUUCUUUAUGGGCCAGGCUCUUGUUGAGCUCACUUUUUAUGAUGAGGCCAUAAGUAGUCUUAAAAGAGCCAAUGAUUUAGCAAAGGAACAGAAAAUGAAUUUUGGAGAUGAUAUUACCAGUGCUCUGAGAAAUGCAAAGAAGAAGAAAUGGAAUAUGUUAGAAGAAAAGAGAAUCCAGCAGGAAAUAGAACUUCAGUCAUAUAUAAACACAUUAAUACGAGAGGACACUGAUAGGUUAAAAAAUGAAGUGAAAAAGACAGCCAAUGAAGAUGAUGAUGCGGACAAUAUUUUGAGUGAAAUUGAAGAACAACAGGAUCAAAGAAUCAAGGAUAUAAACGAUCUGUUUGCACAGCUAGAUGAGAGAAGAAGGGCCAGAGAUGUUCCUGAUUUCUUAUGUGGAAAGAUCAGUUUUGAACUUUUACGUGAUCCUGUCAUUACACCAAGUGGAAUAACCUAUGAUAAAAAAGACAUUGUAGAACAUCUUCAGAGAGUGGGACAUUUUGAUCCAGUAACUAGAACUGAUUUAACUCAAGAUCAGCUGAUUCCAAACUUAGCCAUGAAAGAAGUUAUUGACCAUUUCCUGGAAGAAAAUCCCUGGGCCGAGGAUUACUGAGGAUGUGUAGUAUUAAUUGACACCAUUCCAGGUCUUUUUUGUAUACACAUGUAUGUAUGUAUGUAUGUAUGUAUGUAUAGGCACUUGGUGAUAGUGAAAGCUUAAGCUGUUUGUAUAAAUUGGAAAGGGGCUUUCAUUAUAAAGAUUUGUGUGCAAUUUCUUCGUACUGAUAAAAGAUGUAUAUUAUGGAUGGCUAAUUCAUGUUUUAAUGUGUUGAUUAUGUUAAUCAUAUUAUAAUGUAUAUUGUUUUUUAAUGCAAAGCUGGGGUUCAUUGAACAUUUUUUUGUCUAAAGAUAAAUGUACAUGUAAUUUAAUUGUGUUCCAGUUAUUGACCCAUAUGUUCUGCAAGGACGUAGCAACAGGGGAGGGCCUGGCCCCCCCACUUUUUUCCCCAACUUUCAUUACCUUUACUAUAGAAAAUGUCCAUCGAAAGGAAGGUUGGCCCCCCUCCCCCCACUUUUUACCACAGUAUAUUGAUAUGUAGGAAAUGUAGCCAAAAAUUUGGAAUCGGAAGGAAGUUGGCCUUGAAAAAAGUUGUCCACUACAACCCCCCCUCCCCCCCCCCCCCAAUAUAGUUUAUGGUUUUGUUUUAUCCAUAAAUUUUCAUUAUAUAUGUCAUGCAUAUAAACUAUUUAUUUAUGAUUUCAGUUUCAGGAUUUCUGAUCAUAGUUACUUCCUGAUGUUGUAUCAUUUGCGUUACUGUAAUUUGCAUAAAUAAAUGAGACUGAUUUUUCCAGUCCAAUUCAUGUUGACAAACAAAUGUCUCAAAUUUUCUAAAAGAAAAUCAAUGUCUUAAUUGGAUAGGAUUAAUUGCAAUUUUGUAAGUUAAGCAUGUUACAUUCAACCAAAGGUUUAUUUUACCUGGUAUAUUCUCAUGAAUAAUAUAUAGCUGUGUCAGAGGAUAGUGUGUACUGUACAUGUAUAUAUUCAAAAUGCCAAUCAGUAUAACUGUAGUACUUGAUCUCUCAGGAGAUUUUUAAAUCCAGCAGAAAAUUCAAGAACAUUGUGUCCAAUUUUAAUAUGGAUUUGUUGCACUGUUUCAAUUCAGAACAAAAUACAUGUAUUCUUCAGACUUGAAAAAUGCAUUUAAAAAAUAGUUCCUUAACUGCCCACUUAUUUAUGAAUUUAUAUAUAAACAUAUACACUAUGUUAUAAACAUGUAUUGUUAUUUGUCUUGAUUUUUUAAUAAUCUCAGCGUGUUAGAUAAAUUUGAUUUUUAUAUUUGUGUGUAAUGGGGAUGUCCCGAUGAUCAAAUAUGAUUAAUGAAUCUAAACUAAAUUCCCUUUAACCUUUGUCAUAAAUAUUUAUUAUUAUGUAUAUGUACUGUAUAUACAUUUAGUAUGUGCAUUAACCAAUGCAUUAAUAUUAUGAGAAAUAUAAGAAUUACAAAUGCUAACGAAAUUGAUAAUAAAUUGUUUUUUAUUUGA